CCCCCCUCCUAGCUGCCCCCAUAUUAGUGUCAGUCAAUCCGGCUAGAAGUCGAAUCUGCUACCGUCCUCCUUUUGCCAGUGCUGCCCGCCCGGCGUGGCCUGCAGGAAGUCACUCGAGGCCUGCAGCUCGCUGGUCGGGCCAGGAGAGAUGCCCACAGACGGCGCCACAGACGGACAGCCCACACUCAAAGCUAUGCCAUCCCCACCCCGGCUCCCUCCCUCUACCCCUGCUCUCUCUCCCUCUCCCUCCUGACCACCGCCGGCUACGUCUCGCUGAUUGCCUCCCUGCUGACCUCCACCGCCGAACUCUGGCGUGAAUUCGUGGUGCGCCACCGCCUUGCCGGUGCUGGGCUCGGUGUGUCUGGGGGUGUGUGGGGCGCUGGCCUCGUCGUUGUGCUGUGUGGGGGUGAUGGAAUGCGGAUGGGCCUCGGUGCUGCCCGAGAGGGAGGGGGUGAGGGUCGCCUGUGGCUGGGCCUCCUGCUGCUGCUCCUGCUGCUGUGGCUGUGGUUGGGUGCUGGUGGUCUCUGUGUCGGUGUGUGUGUGGUGGGUGAGGGUGGUGAGGGUGCUGCUGAGGGCGGACAGCAGGGGCAUCAGAGUGCUGGUGUGGGUGCGAUGCACUAUGGCGCUCGUCAGGCUACUGUGGGCCGCCAGAAACUCACUGGACCAUCCACCAACAGCACAACACGGACAGACAAGUGUGUAGAUCUCCCUCUCCCCGCUCCCCCCUCUCCCCCCGCCCAUCCACACGCGCACCGACCUUUCCUUGGACAGUAUGUCUUCCUUCUCCUGCUUGAUCUGCUCCUGCAGCAUCUCCAGCUCAGUCCGCCCUGCCUUAGUCUUCAAUGCCGUCGUCUCCACCAUCCCCCUCUUCCGGCCAGCCACCUCCAUGGCCCUCUCCAGCCGCUCAGUGGCGUCGGCCACCCGCCCCACGUGCGCCUCCUUCUCGUGGGCGAUGUUGCCGGCGGCCUCGUCGCACUUGAGCGACCAGGAGGCCUGCUCCUGCUCCUCUUGCUCGCGCUGGGCCGUCAGCUCGUCCAGCCGGGUGCGGAGGGCAGACAGCUGGGCGGAGAGGGCCGAUGUGGCUGAGAGGUUCUCCUGACACACACACAGCACAGAGGGAGAGAGGGAGAGAGGGAUGGUGUGUAGGAGGGAGGGGGGAGGAGGGUUUGUGUGUGAGUGUGUGUGUGGAUUACCUGGUAUUUCUUGAGUAGUUGGAUGUGUUUGUUCUGCUGCUGUUCGGCGCGCUGGAGGUGCGUGUCCUUGCGCCGCUGGUGCUGCUCGUGGCGGUGCUGCUCGUUGAGCUGCCGCUCCAUCUCCUCACACUGAACGCGGGACUCCUCUACAGACUGACAGACAGACAGGCACAGACACAACCAUCAACACACACAUGCAACACACACAGGAAUCGAUGGAUGCCUUCAGUGGUAGUGCUGUCUGUCAUGGGUAGGUACCUCUUUGAGCCGCUCAGGUGACUGCACUAUCUGCUGCUUGAGGUGCUGCACGUUCUUGUCGGUCAUCCGACGCGUGAAAUCCAAAUUGGUCUUCUCAUCCUACAUGGCACACACAACAACAACACACACAUAUCAUCAUAUACACACGCAGCCAUCAAAUUUGAUGGGCGCACGCCCUCACCGACCGUGAGUUUCUCGGCCUUGGUCCUCAUAUCCUUCCACUCCAUCUGCAGCUCGUGUGCCUGGUGGCGUAGGGGCGACAGGGUGCCCUCUAUGUCGGCCUCCCGCUGCUCGAGGAGCCGCACCGCCAUCUCCUUGGCGGACACCUGGCCCUUGAGCCGCUCCAGUUCCCCCGCCUGCUGCCGGUUCGCCGCCUCCUGCGAGUCCAUCUCCGCCUGCAGGCCGUCAAUGCGCUGCUGGAUGGGGUCGAAGAAGUCGUCGCGGAAGGCGCGGAAACGCAGGAAGUUGCCGAUACCGCUCAACAGGUAACAAAGCCUGCCAUAGAGAUGCAAAGAAUCCGUGUGCGUUGGUGGAUGGAUGGACGGAUGGAUCCAUCCUUGCUCCUCACCGCUGGCUAUCGCAUUUGUAGAGGUCUACGAGAGAGAAGUCGUUGACGAGCACGACGGCCAUGAGUUUGCGCAGGCUGACGAACAGGUUGGUGACCACGACGCUCUCGUCGUGGAGGGGCGGCCACUUGAAGGCGUCAGACCCGCACACCGCCGGGAUGGCCAAGAUCUCCUCGCUCGUGUCGGUCGCCGCGCACAGGAGGGCCGCCAGGGCACGCACGAUGAACUUCUCGUCCGGCUUGUGCAGCUUGUCCAUGUCGGCGUCGUCCACCCCGUUCUCAUGCAGCAGCGCCAGCAGCGCAUCGUUCGAGAAGUCCGCGAACGUGUUGAAGGUGCUCGCCGGACGGAGCGAGAGGCUCGCCGAGGACCUCAUCGC